GACUUAAGAGCUUACUGUUGAUGAGGCAUUAAUUGCCUCGGCCCGUCUAGACGAGGUUCGACAUUGUGCUCCCCGGCCUAUUCAUCGUUUCAAUAUCAAUAUCGGCUCCUUUGAGGUCGUCGAGACAUGCGGCCUUGCAAUUAUGGCUUCUCGAAUCCGCUAUGACAACCAAGUUGCCGUGGUCACCGGUGCUGGCAAUGGCCUGGGAAGACAGUACGCCAAAUUCCUAGCCUCUCGUGGAGCAAAGGUUGUCGUCAACGACCUAGGCGGGACGUUCAAUGGCAAAGACGCUGCGGGUGCAGGCGACUCGAGAGUCGCCGAUGUUGUUGUCAAGGAGAUUACCGAUGCAGGAGGGAUAGCUGUUGCCAACUAUGAUCCUGUCCAACAUGGCGAGAAGAUCAUCAAGACCGCCAUCGAUGCUUUCGGCAGAGUCGACAUACUUAUCAACAACGCCGGUAUCCUUCGAGACAUCACGCUAAGGAACAUGAAGACGGAGGAUUGGGACAUCAUCAUGGACGUCCAUGUCCAUGGCGCAAUGAAGACGGCAAGGGCCGCCUGGCCCCAUAUGCGGAAACAAAGGUACGGCAGGAUCAUCAACACCUCGUCAACGUCCGGCCUCUUCGGCAACUUUGGACAGUGCAACUAUGCCGCUGCGAAGAUGGCUUUGGUGGGUUUCAGCGAGACGUUGGCCAAGGAAGGGGCCAAGUACAAUAUCCACUGCAACGUGCUCGCCCCUGGGGCCGCCAGUCGCUUGACACAGACGGUGUGGACGCCGGAGAUGAUGGACGUCAUGAAGCCAGAUUGGGUCGUUCCACUGGUAGGAGUACUGGUGAGCCAGCAAUGCAACGAGACUGGAAGCAUCUUCGAAGCUGCGGCCGGCCAUUACAGCAAAAUCAGAUGGGAGCGGAGCAGAGGCUUCCUAGCACACCCUGAUACUCUCGGCCCCGACUUGAUCUUGCAGAAUUUCUCGAAAAUCGUCGAUUGGUCUGCUGGUGCAGAGCAUCCCACCGGACCGGCGGGUGCAGUGGCUCUGUUCGAAAAGACCACUCAACUGCCCAAAGCGGAUGUCCCAGCGACCGGUCAAGCAAGUCUCACGGGAAAGGUCGCGCUCGUCACAGGCGGCGGUGACGGAUUGGGAAGAGCAUACUCUCUUGCUUUCGCCAGACUUGGAGCUCGCGUGGUCGUCAAUGACCUCAAAAACGCUGAGAGAGUCGUGAACGAAAUUAAAUCCAUGGGCGGAGAAGCCUGGGCGUUGGAAUUGUCGGUCGAGGAUGGCGAGGCUGUGGUGAAAAAGGUCAUCAGCACCUAUGGCCGGAUCGAUAUCUUGGUGAACAAUGCUGGCAUCUUGCGUGACAAGGCGUUCGUCAACAUGACAGAUGAGCAAUGGUUCUCCGUGAUGAACGUCCACUUACGAUCCACUUACCUUAUAACAAGGGCCGCCUGGCCGUACAUGAUGAAACAAAGAUUCGGAAGGAUCGUCAACAUCACCAGUACCACGGGCAUAUAUGGGAACUUUGGACAAGCCAACUAUGCAGCAGCGAAAUGCGGCGUCAUUGGCUUCACAAAGACCAUUUCUCGAGAGGGAGCAAAGUACAAUAUCGUCGUCAACGCUGUGGCUCCAUCCGCUGGCACGAACAUGACCCGUACGGUGUGGGCGGAGGACUCUGUCCAUGCAGUAAAGCCGGAUUAUGUUGCACCGCUGAUCACCGCCUUAUGCAGUGAGCGGCCACCAAGCACCGGACAAUUGUACGAAGCCGGUAGCGGGUGGUUUGCCGCGACGAGGUGGCAGAGGGCCAGGGGUGUGGACUUUGAGCAUGAACAGGGCGUUCCGAGCGUUGAGCAGGUGGCGGAGGCUUUCCCAGAAAUCUGCAAUUUCGACAACGGCAAGGCCGACAACCCAGAGACCCCGCAGGAUGGAAGCAAGUACACCAUGGGCAACGCCCUGAAGAAUCCCAGAAUCGCCAACAGCUUGUCACAAGAGAACCGAGCCAACAGGAAGUACAUCUCCAAGAUCCAGAAUGCCAUGGAGAUGAAGGGGACGCCCUCAAUCUACACCUACACCGACCGAGAUGUCAUUCUGUACAAUCUUUCUCUAGGCUCCCAUCGCACACAACUCGACUUGGUGUACGAGAAUUCACCUAACUUCCAAGUCCUCCCGACCUUUGGCAUCGUACCCACAUACCACUCGACCACGCCAUACGAUACGAAGGACAUUGUGCCCAAUUACGACAAACGCAUGCUUCUACACGGCGAGCAGUACCUGGAGAUCAGGCAGUUCCCCAUUCCGACAUCAGCUACACUAAAGACAGAGACACGUCUGCUCGAAGUCGUCGACAAGGUCAACGCCGCACUCGUCAGACGAGGCUCCACGACCGUGGAUGCCAGCAGUGGAAGGCCCGUCUUUUACAACGAGAGUGUCUCCUUCAUCCGUGGCGCCGGUGGCUUUGGAGGCCUGAAAAACCCCGCGGAUCGAGGCGCCGCGACCGCUCUGAACAACCCACCAUCUCGAAGGCCUGACAAAAUCGUCGAGGAGAAGACGUCAGAAGACCUCGCCGCGCUCUAUCGACUCAUGGGCGACAGGAAUCCUCUGCACAUUGAUCCGAAAUUCUCGUCCGCGGGCGGGUUCAAGGUCCCCAUACUCCAUGGCUUGGCGACGUUCGGCAUCACUGGCAAGCAUGUCUACCAGGCGUACGGGCCGUUCAAGAACAUCAAGGUGAGGUUCAGUGGGACGGUUCUGCCGGGCGAGACGAUCGUUACGGAGAUGUGGAAGGAGGGAGCCAAGGUCAUAUACCGUGCCAAAGUUCAAGAGAGUGGGAAAAGCUGUAUCAGCAAUGCCGCUGUAGAAUUGUUGGGAGGGAAGACUGUGCUGUAGACUUGGUUUUGUAGCGGCAGACUGGCAUGGAAGUGAACGGUGGAUGCUGCUGUCGAACCAAGGUCGUCGGAGCUCUUUGCGGGCACUUUUGGGCACCUCACCAGCCAAGGUUCGGGCGUGUGGUGAGCCGUUCCUCCUCCACAAACCGCCUCCGGAGGGGGAUUACAGCGGCAAGAGGAGCACCGGAAAUUACCAGCAGCAAACUAAUCGAACAUUCUGUGGCCCUCCCAGAACUUUACUGUAUUCUAAGGGUUUCGCCGAACCUGAUUGCAGCAACCGGCCGCUGGAUGCCACGUGGUUAUGGGGUCGUAUAGUCUGAGAAAUGCAGCACUAAGGGUGGUCUGAAGACUGGUCUCA